AUGACCAAACCGAUUCGCGUGGGCUUUCUUGGCCUGUCCUCUGAUGAAAACGCUCACCUCGCCGGCGCAUGGGGUAAGAAUGCCCACCUCCCGUACUUUCAAAAGUCUCCGGACUACACCAUCACGGCCCUUUGCAACUCAUCUGUCGAAUCGGCGGAGAAGGCGGCAAAGAAGUACGGCCUGGACACUGGGGCCAAAGUCCGCACGUAUGGCGACCCGGAGUCUCUGGCCAAGGACGACAACGUCGACCUGGUUGUCUGCUCUGUAAGAGUUGACAAGCAUUAUCGUCUCAUCAAACCGGCUUUGUUGGCCGGAAAGUCAGUCUUCUGCGAGUGGCCCCUAGCCUCGAACCUGGAGCAGAUGCAAGAAUUGGCCGACUUGGCCGAGCAGAAGAAGCUCAAGACCAUAGUGGGCUUGCAAGGUCGCACGGGUGCCUACAUUCACGCCAUCAAGAAGUUUAUUGGCAAUGCAGAAGGUCAGUUGGGUGAUAUCCUCAGUACCACCUUGACGGGAAGCGCGUUCCUUCUGGGUCUAGCGACUCCCAAGGAGACGGCCUACUUGACGGACAUCAAGAAGGGGGGGAAUAUGUUCACGAUCACGGCCAUACAUUUGCUUGAUACUCUCACUGCUGCUCUCGGUGAGAUCGAAUCCCACAAUAUUGUGCUCAAAAACAAACGUCCCACAGUCGCAUUGACAGAUAGCGCUUUCAAUAUCGUCGAACAGUCGUAUCCCAAUAGCACGCCAGAUCACAUUCUCGUGAAUGGUGUCCUCAAGGGCGACAUUCCCUUCAAUUUUCACGUCCGCGGCGGGCUGCCAUUCAAGGACACUCCGGCGUUCGACUGGCGCAUCUACUACACCAGGGGCGAACUCAGAAUCACAGGGAACGAAAUGCUUUGGCUGGGUCGUGACGUCAAGGUGCAGGUGUUUGACUUCCUGGCCAACAAGGUCGAGGAUCUGGAUUUGGACCAAGUGCUACAGGAGGAUGUAAAGGACGACGUUGCUCUUAAGAUGGGGUUGAAAGCUCCGGCGGAUAACGUGGCCAGGCUCUAUGAGGCAUUUGCGAAAGGUGAAACCGAUAAGUACCUGGACUUCAAGCAGAGUUUGAAGUGGGCGCAUUUUAUUGAGGAGGCAUACAUUGCCAAUGGGUUUCCGACAAAAUAG